CCAAAAAUGGCGCCCAGCGCUGGGUUACAAACAGCUCACAAUGGGAAUCCUUAGAAAACUCUCUCUGGUGGCUCUUCUCUGUGAAUUUCUCUACAUGGCUGGAGCCAGUUCAAGAAACAAGACUGUGUCUGAAAUUCUUGACAGACUAUUAAUGAAGGGAAACUACGACUCGCGGUUAAGACCCCAUUAUAACGGUGGGCCUGUAGAUGUGACUGUAGGCUUCUGGGUUCUUUCAAUUGAUGCAAUUAAUGUGAUGGAUAUGGACUUUUCGCUGGACAUCUUUUUGCGUCAAGCGUGGCGAGACGAGCGACUUGACCACGGCCUCAAUCAAACCAUGUUUCUUAGCAACUUUGUGUUAGACCGUAUCUGGAUGCCAGACUCGUAUUUUGUGAACGCCAAGCAAGGCUCUUUCCAUAAAGUCACCACGGACAAUGUGAUGAUUAUGAUCAAACCAGGAGGGAUGGUUUACUACAACGCUAGGCUGACGAUAAAAGCAGCCUGUCCUAUGGAUCUAAGAAAGUUUCCCAUGGAUACUCAACAUUGCCCGUUAACAAUUGAGAGUUAUGGCUAUAGUGCUGACCACAUCAGAUUCAGAUGGGAGAAUGACCUCACAGAUGGAAUGUCAUUUGUGCCCGGAAGCACCAAAAUGCUGCCUCAAUACCGAUUAACUCAGCUCAGUCUGGAAAAGACCUACAACAAAUACGUAGUCGGUAACUGGUCGGGUAUAAAGGCAACAUUUACGUUUGAACGAAUGUCAAGCUACUUUGUAAUCCACGUGUAUGGCCCAUGUGCAUUGAUCGUUAUCAUUUCUUGGAUCACUUUCGUGCUGCCCCGCAGUUCUCCUCCUGCGCGCGUCACACUGGGAGUUACUUCUGUCCUAACCGUUGUUACCAUUCUUAAUUUACUCAACAAUUCCAUGCCAAAGGUGAACUAUGUCAAAACCAUCGACAAAUACCUGAUCGGAUGUUUCCUUUUCGUUUUCGCAAGUUUGAUAGAAUAUUCACUGGUGCUGUUUCUGGCAAGAAGAAUGAAAAAAUAUAAAGAAUCCGACAAUCACCAGAAGAGCAAUGACAAAGACAUUGCAAAAUGCUCUUGCAGUAACAGAGCAAUCAGUAAUGGGAAUGUCGCCGUUUCUAGGAGAUAUAAGCAAGACAAGAUCUGCAGCCCGCAGCUGGAGAUGGUUGAAUUUGCAAAAAUGGAGCAAGAGCUGAUGAUAAGUGAUCCUUCUGCAGAUAAAAGUGUUGAAAACAAAUGGCUGAGCCUCGAGAAAUGGAGAAAGAAUUUGUACACAGAGGCCAGUGUUCUGGCAGUGGACGAAAUUUCACUUGUAUUAUUUCCAGUCAGUUUUGGUAUUUUUAACCUCAUAUACUGGACUUCUAUCGCCAAAGAUACAGUAUUGUAAAGGCUUUGGCUGUUCAAAGCCUUCUUUCCCUUUCGCCUCGUUAGUUUUUCCUCUUAGAGAAGUGUUUGAUCGAAAAGAAAGAUAAACAAGCGAACAAGCAAUCCAGCACAGAGGCGUACUGACACGUAAAAACAGAGCUUACAUCGCUUUCGUGGCAUGAAGCGACAAAGCGUUGUAACAACUAUCCCCUGAUAGGACGUUAGUUCGUUACAUGUUGCCUCCAACAUUUGAUCACUUUUCUUGCUUGAAUCUCCACAUCCCUGAGUGGAGAAAUAGAUGUGUCUUUACCUAAGGAUAAUCCUUCCCCUACGUCUCAUCGUGCGUGGGUGUUUAUAAGUAACUAAAUCGAACUGCCAAAUGUUGAGCUAAGAAU